GGGGAGGCAGAAAUGCAGUAGGUGAAGCUUAAAGCAAAUGAGCAACCACCACCCCUUAAUCAUAAUCAGCACUGGAAACUGCUGCAGGGUACGAGCUGAGGGGUCGGAUAAGACCUGUGUCACAUUUGUGCUCAACAAUGAGGACCACACCCUCGGCAAUUCUUUGAGAUACAUGAUUAUGAAAAACCCUGAAAUUGAGUUUUGUGGUUAUAGCAUCACUCAUCCCUCGGAAAGCAAAAUCAACUUCCGCAUCCAGACCAGAGGGGGUCUACCUGCUAUAGAUGCCUUCCAGAAGGGACUAGAAGACCUCAUGGGCGUCUGUCAGCAUGUGCUUAGCACAUUCGAGGCAAGUGUAGAAGAAUACAAGAACGAUGUGAGAAUGCAAUAGUAUGUCGACACCUGCAUAAUGGAUAAACCUCUGCGUAGAGCAACGGGUUUGGGGACUAUGACUUAUUAAAAGACAUUUGUUUUUG